AUGGCGCUGGAUCCAACGGAAAAGCAUUGUCUGGUCACCGACUCAUCAAAUGAUGUUGCAAGAACAGCUGCGUCUCCAGAUCACCAUACACAGCAUACCAUGGACGGCGACCAACGCUGUAUCGAGGAUCGAUGCGAAGAGCACACUCCGGGAAACGAAGACAGAAGCACAUGUCCCCUCAGUAAUCAGCUUUCUGCGCCAAAGAACCGUCUGUGUGAGAAGAUGGUGGACCAAGGGAAAGAAGAUCACGCUCCCGCGACUGCCAAUGUUACAAGCGGCAUUCAAGUGCUGACUCCGGCCGCAGCAACGACGGCAGUAUUAGGAGUAGGAGCAAACACAGAGGAACCUGAGCCACGGAUUCUGGUCCGUUGGGAUGACAACGACCCUCGCAAUCCAUUCAACUGGAGUGUCACGUAUAAAAGUUGGAUCAUGUUCCAACUCGGCAUGUUAGCCCUGGCUGGAUCACUAGGGUCGAGCAUCAUUUCACCUGCGAGCGAGGUGCUGGCGCAGGAGCUGGGCACAGAUCUCGAAACCAACGUGCUGAACGUAUCAUUGUACGUGGUGGGAUUUGCCGUUGGUCCUCUGCUCUGGGCGCCGCUCUCCGAAGUCUUCGGGCGGCGAGUGAGCAUGAUCCCGGCCAUGACGGCGUUGGCCUUGUUAAGCAUCGGGACAGCGACCAGCCACAGCGCGGCCGCCAUCUUCAUCACCCGGUUUUUCGGGGGCGUCUUUGGCUCCGCCCCGAUCAGCAACGUCGUCGCUGCGCUGGGAGAUAUCUGGACGCGCGAGGUCCGCGGCACGGCCGUCAGUCUCUAUGCGAUUUGCGUGGUGGGCGGACCGACCUUGGGCCCUACGAUCGGGGCCGCGCUUGUGGUGAAUCACAACCUGGGAUGGAGGUGGACCGAAUAUAUCCUGGCGAUUUGGGUCUUCGCGGUCACCUUUCUGGCCUUUUUUUGUCUCCCGGAAAUCUACGGCCCUGUGCUGCUGAAGCGAAAAGCAGUAGACUUGCGCAAAGACACGGGCAACGACCGGUACUUCCAUCCACAGGAGGACGUCAAGAUCGACAUUCAGUCCAUUAUUACGAAACAGCUCACCCGGCCGCUCCUUAUGUUGGUGACCGAGCCGAUUGUCACCUGUAUCGCGCUGUACGCUUCCUUUGUGUAUGCCAUUCUAUAUCUCACGCUCGAGGCCUUCCCGAUUGUCUUCCAGCAGCUUCGGCAUUAUCGACUGGUGGUCUCAACCUUACCAUUCCUGGGUCUGUUCAUCGGUGUCAAUUGCGCCCUGGUCAUCAACCUGGGCAAUCAACCACGCUACAUCCGCAAAUGUCGCGAGGCCAAAGGACAGCCUGUGCCGGAAGCGCGCCUGCCGCCCAUGGCCAUUGGCGCCGUCUUGUUCGUCGUGGGGCUGUUCCUGUUCGGCUGGACCGCUCCAGCUCACUACUCUUGGGUCUUGCCGUCGCUGGGCGCCGUCUUCAUAGGAGCAGGCUUCAACUCCAUCUUUCAACAGUGCCUGAACUUCCUGGUCGAUGUCUACGGCCAGUACGCCGCCAGUGCGACAGCCGCCAACACGUUUCUGCGAAGCCUCCUGUCCUGUGGCUUGCCUCUGGCGGUUCGGCCCAUGUUCUUCGCCAUGGGCGUGGGGCCGGCCAUGUCGGUGAUGGGAGCCGUCGCGGCGGCCGCCCUGCCUGUGCCUUUUGUUUUCAUGAAGUACGGCCAUGCUUUGCGUCGAAGAUCAAAGUUUGCACCGAUGCCAAAGGAAACCUGA